UAGUUCAUCAAGUAAUUUACAGUUAUUUCUCUUUUUAAUGAUGUUGAAGUUGCAAUUUUAUUAAAUAUAAGAGAUGUUUGCUUCUUAAACUUGGGUAACAGAGCAGUGAAGCAAUGUGCAACAUGGCCCCAAAGAGAAUUUGUAUAUGGUUAGAAAGAAAAUAGAUUUAGCCUUCAAGACAUGCAUCCAAGAUUGAGAAAGAAAAAAGUAAAAAUAAAAAAAAGAUGAAUUCAAUGGAUUAGAGGCCAUCACUUGUAAAGAAACUGGUGGAUUAAUAGGACUAAAUUACAGGUAUCACACUGUUAUGAUUCUUUGGCAGCAUAUCUGGUCAUAAUUAGGGACAUUCAUUGCAAAAUUUAAACUUAAAAAAAAUAUGGAAAAAGCUAUUUGCGAAAUAAAAGAUCAAUGCUUUUUAUUUUGAAGACAAUGUUGUAUUUUGCAAGGUAUUUAGGCAGUUUAUAUGGUUUGAGUCUCAAUAAUUUUGAUCUUCUGUACAUAGAGAGAUUAAACUAUGCUUUGUAACGGAAAAAAAGGAUGGAGGUGGAAGGAAGUGUUUCAAAUUGACCCAUGAAAUUCUUAAUUUGAUUUUGUGGGGGUUUAAUUUCUAGUAGAGAUCUUGUUUCGGGUUGCAUUGUUGUCCCAAAGCAAUUAAAUUUGAGUAAGGGUAUAAUUGUGAAAGUCGUGUUUACACUUCUUUUCCUCCUUUCCAUCCUUUUUACUAAACAAAAGGAAGGAAAAAUCUCCUUCUCUUCCUUUGUCCUUCCUUUAUGAUUUACCGUCUACUUGCUCUUGCAACCUUCCUUCCAAACUAAUGUUGUCGAAAUUGUUGUUAUCGUUUAAAACAUUCUUAUUCUAGAUCUAGAAUGUUAAGGAUCAUUGGUAAGUUUUGCUUCUCGAGCUAUGUUUCAUGUAGAUGUUUGUUUGUAAUAUUAAUGUAAAUGCUUUAGGUUAAGCUUAAGAUAACCGGCUCAUUUGCAAUUAUAAUCUGAGGAAAUCAUCUUCGAAUUCUUACAGAUAGUUGGCACUUGGCAUAGAUUUUGAAAUAAGCAAUAUCCUGUGAGGCAGCUUGUGUAUGUCUCCUCUUGGCCUAAGGUUUCAUCUGGUUCAUUUUGGUACCUACUUUGUUGCACCAGGAGCUUACCCCUAUCCAGACCCUUACUACAGAAGCAUCUUUGCUCCCUAUGAAACACAGCCAUAUCCUUCACAGCCCUAUGGGGCCGCGCAACCAACGGUUCAUCUUCAGUUGAUGGGAAUCCAGCAAGCAGGUGUUCCACUGCCGUCAGAUGCGGUUGAGGAACCUGUGUUUGUAAAUGCAAAACAGUAUCAUGGUAUCUUGCGACGUCGGCAGUCUCGUGCUAAAGCAGAAUCUGAAAAUAAAGCUCUUAAGAAUCGUAAGCCAUACUUGCAUGAAUCUCGACACCAGCAUGCAUUGAGAAGAGCUAGAGGAUGCGGGGGUCGCUUUCUUAAUGCAAAGAAAAAUGAGAAUGAACAGGAUGAAAUGACAUCGGGUAACAAAUCGCAGUCAAAUAUCAACUUGAACUCUGAUAAAAAUGAGCUUGCUUCCUCAGAUCGAACGUCCUAAAUACUUCAGAAGCAAUUGCAACACCCAAGGGGCCACAUGAAGCAUUUAUUCUUCAACAACCACCAGGGACGGAGGUCCUAAUACCAGCUUCGUUAGUCUCGGUAGUGCUUCACUGUGGCUGGACACUUGAAGCUUCAUUAGCAAUAGCAUGUGUAUAGGUUCUUAAGUAUUAGGCUUGUAGGGAGGUUGCGAAAGACGAAGUAGGCAGAGUCUUAUUGAAGUAGAGUGAUAUAACCUUGUCGACAACGGGUUUCUUUUCAACCCGACGCACUUUGUUUCCCGAGAGAGUGACGGUUAAGAAUGCUUUGUGGUGUACGCUUGAACUUAUACCUGUUUGUGAGGUUGGAAACUCGUAGGACCAAAUAUAGAGUUGUGUUGUUUGGUUUGGUAAUGCUUCGUUAGAUCGGCAGAGAUUAGGUUGGCUGCCGAUUGUGUCUUAGUAGUAUUAUUAGUAGUAGUUAUAUGACUUGUAUUCCUUUGUUAUCGAUUCGGACAAUAAGCUUAAUGGUUAAUGAAAUUGGGUGCAACUUCUUUCUUUGUGAA